AAAAGUUGUUCAAGCCAUUGACGCAGAGCCUGGGAUGAGACGUGACCCUUUUGCUUCCGCAUGACCGACCGGUCGAUGCCCGAAGCAGAAUCUCGGGGUUUCCUUGAGCUUGUCAUGCCUGUGAAAAUCCAACUUAUCAACAUUAUCAUCCCAGGAUAUCACCUGCGUUCUGCCAGUGUAGUAACUCGGAGCCAAGUACACGAUACUAUGAGUGAAGCUGACAAGACGCAAGACGAGACCGCCGCUCAAAGUUCUGAGCAACUGCAGGCAGAACCCGAGGUUGUUCAGAAGAACGAGGUCACUGCCGACAAAGAAGGAGACGAGGAAGCCGUAGGAGAAGCCGACGUCGCUGCAGCAACCGAGGUCAACGCUGCCGCGGGGGGAAAGGGAGCAGCUGAGACGACCGCCGCACAUGUCGGUACCGGUGCCGAAGAAGACCCGGUCGUCGUCGAUGAUGACGACGACUAUGAGAUACUCGAUGAAGAUGAUGAGGAUGAAGACGAAGACGAAGACGACGAAGACGAGGAUGACGGCCAGCAGAACCACAAAGCUAAUCUAGCUGCCUUUUACAACGCGAAUCUCGAUGAUCUACCUGAUGAUCAAGAAGAUGAAUAUGAUGAAGAUGCAGAGGAGGAUGAUGAUGAUGAGGUGGCUGAACCCGAGAUGACCAAAGCUCAACCUGGCGUCAAACGAUCGGCUCCUGAAGACGGACCCGUUGAAGAGGAAGGUCUCGAGGAUGGUCCUUCUGACGCCAAAAAGACCAAGGUUGACUGAAAAGUUAUUGAUUUAACAAGAGAAAUAAAGGAAAAUGAAACGUUGUAUGGAAAUCAAUUAAAAAGUAGAGCCGUCAGGUGGCAGCCGGCACAACAUGAUGCACAUAGAAUAGGUUCAAAAUACGCACAAA